AUGGAAUAUACAUAUCAAUAUUCAUGGAUUAUACCUUUCAUUCCACUUCCAGUUCCAAUGUUAAUUGGAGCAGGACUUCUACUUUUUCCAACGGCAACAAAAAAUCUUCGCCGUAUGUGGGCUUUUCCGAGUGUUUUAUUGUUAAGUAUAGUUAUGAUUUUUUCAGCCCAUUUUUCUAUUCAGGAAAUAAAUAACAAUUCCGUAUAUCAAUAUGUAUGGUCUUGGACCAUCAAUAAUGAUUUUUAUUUAGAAUUUGGCUGCUUGGUUGAUCCACUUACUUCUAUUAUGUCAAUAUUAAUCACUACUGUUGGAAUGAUGGUUCUUAUUUAUAGUGAUAAUUAUAUGUCUCAUGAUCAGGGAUAUUUGAGAUUUUUUGCUUAUAUGAGUUUUUCCAAUACUUCAAUGUUGGGAUUAGUUACUAGUUCUAAUUUGAUACAAAUUUAUAUUUUUUGGGAAUUGGUUGGAAUGUGUUCUUAUCUAUUAAUAGGUUUUUGGUUCACACGACCUAGUGCGGCGAAUGCUUGUCAAAAAGCGUUUGUAACUAAUCGUGUCGGGGAUUUUGGUUUAUUAUUAGGAAUUUUGGGUUUUUAUUGGAUAACGGGUAGUUUUGAAUUUCGGGAUUUGUUUGAGAUAUUUAAUAACUUGGUUUAUAAUAAUGAGGUUAAUUUUUUAUUUGUUACCUUAUGCGCCUUCCUAUUAUUUGCCGGCGCAGUUGCAAAAUCCGCCCAAUUUCCCCUUCAUGUAUGGUUACCUGAUGCCAUGGAAGGGCCUACCCCCAUUUCGGCUCUUAUACAUGCCGCUACUAUGGUAGCAGCAGGAAUUUUUCUUGUAGCUCGGCUUCUUCCUCUUUUCAUAGUUAUACCUUACAUAAUAAAUCUAAUAGCUUUGACAGGUAUAAUAACAUUACUUUUAGGAGCCACUUUAGCUCUUGCUCAAAAAGAUAUUAAGAAAAGCUUAGCUUAUUCUACAAUGUCUCAAUUGGGUUAUAUGAUGUUAGCUCUAGGUAUGGGGUCUUAUCGAGUUGCUUUAUUUCAUUUGAUUACUCAUGCCUAUUCGAAAGCAUUGUUGUUCUUAGGAUCUGGAUCAAUUAUUCAUUCGAUGGAAACUAUUGUUGGAUAUUCUCCAGAUAAAAGUCAGAAUAUGGUUCUUAUGGGCGGUUUAAGAAAACAUGUACCAAUUACAAAAACCGCUUUUUUAUUAGGUACACUUUCUCUUUGUGGUAUUCCACCUCUUGCUUGUUUUUGGUCCAAAGAUGAAAUUCUUAAUGAUAGUUGGUUGUAUUCACCGAUUUUUGCAAUAAUAGCUUGUUCCACGGCAGGAUUAACUGCAUUUUAUAUGUUUCGUAUCUAUUUACUUACUUUUGAAGGACAUUUAAAUGUUUAUUUUCAAAAUUACAGCGGCAAAAAAAAUAGCUCGUUCUAUUCAAUGUCUCUCUGGGGUAAAGAAGGAAAAAAAAUUAUUAAAACAAGCUUUCGUUUAUUAGAUUUUUUAACUACGAAAAAAAACGAAAAAACUUAUUUUUUAAACACGUAUCGGAUUGAUAGUAAUGAAAAUGUAAGAAGUAUGGUACAUCCGUUUAUUAGUAUUGCUCGUUUUGGCACUAAAAACACUUUCUCAUAUCCCCACGAGUCGGACAAUACUAUGUUAUUUCCGAUGCUUGUAUUAGUUUUAUUUACGUUGUUCGUUGGGGCCGUAGGAAUUCCGUUAUUCAAUCAGGAAGGAAUGGAUUUGGAUAUACUAUCCAAAUUCUUAAGUUCGUCUAUAAACCUUUUACAUAAAAAUAGAAACCAUUUUGUGGAUUGGUAUGAAUUUAUCACAAAUGCAACCUUUUCCGUUAGUAUAGCUUAUUUCGGAAUUCUUAUAUCGUCUUUUUUAUAUAAGCCUGUUUAUUCAUCUUUACAAAAUUUAAAUUUAUUUAAUUCAUUUGUUAGAAGUGUUCCUAAUAAAAUUAAAAUUUUGGGGGGUAAAAUAAUAAAUGUGAUAUAUAAUUGGUCAUAUAAUCGUGGUUACAUAGAUUUUUUUUAUGUAAUAUCCUUUACUAAAGGUAUAAGAAGGUUAGCUGAACUAACUCAUUUUUUUGAUAGACGAGUAAUUGAUGGAAUUACGAAUGGAGUCGGUAUUGCGAGUUUUUUCGUAGGAGAGGUUAUCAAAUAUGUAGGGGGUGGUCGAAUUUCUUCUUAUCUUUUAGUGUAUGUAUCCUAUGUAUUAAUUUUUUUAUUUUUUUUUUAA